CAUAGACUGGAGGUCGGAAACUUUCUGUUUUGGGACUUCCGAGUAUAGAUUCCAAAAAGGGAACAAAGCAAUAUUAGUACAGUGACACUUUUCUACCACACAGAGAAGGAACAAAAACAGAAACAAGAAAUGGGGUUAUGGGCAUGCAUAGGAGUGAUAUCACCAUUUCCAUUCUACUACUUUCUCUGGACAAAUCCUCAAACAUGGGUCGAUCUGUGCGGCAGAGGACGUGACCCUUGCAAAAUAAUGGCUAUGCUCUCUCACUUUAUAAAAUUGUUACAGUUCAUCUCCCUCUUCUCAGUUUCCACAUUUUCAUGCCCGCCUCCACUUUAUUUUUGGCCCCUCUUCAUUUUUGGCCAGUUCCUUAAUUUCAGGGUAUACCAACUGUUGGGAGAAUCAGGCACUUAUUAUGGUGUACGCUUUGGGAAGACUAUCCCCUGGGUAACAGAGUUUCCUUUUGGAGUAAUAAGAGAUCCUCAGUACGUGGGCAGCAUUUUGAGUCUGCUAGCUUGCCUCUCUUGGGUUCCUUUCUUGUAUAUUUUCUUAUGGGUGCUGGGCUAUGUGUUUAUGAUACAAGUAGAAUCCAAGGAAGAUCCAACUACUCGUGCAAAGCCACUCUCUUGAGUGUAUAGACGAUACAGCUGCCAACUUUAAGGACCUGGUGCACUUGCUUCUGCAUUCCUGAGGAGUCUGUCUUUUUUUAUAAAGUUCUUGUAUUAGGGGUUUAUUGAGUUCUUGAUUCCUUUUUCUUAACCAUAUUAGCAGUAUUUUGAAUGAUGCUUUAUGUUUCUUUUUCUUUUUGUUUGAGAUUUUGAAUCAGCCAACAUAAUUUUGGCCAUACGCCAUGUCUUUUAGGAUAAUAAAACUUUCUAGGCAAUAAAGAUCAAUUUCCCCUUCUUUUUUUUUU